UCAAAAUUGCGAAAAAAAAAGAACACAACGUUUUUCCUUGACCGAUAUCCUUAGUUAGGCCCAUAUUUCUGUACGUGUGUGUGUGCGCGCGUGUGUAUUUUGAGCGACUGUGCGUGUGUGUGUGUGUGUGUCUGUCUGUGCGCGUGCGAUAAAUAUCGAUAACAAACGAAAAUCGUAGCUUCGAUAGGAGCAGCAUCAGCAGCAGCAGCAAUUGCCACCACAAGGAUGAGUGAGAAGGACAAGAAUAUCGUUUGCCACAAGUGCAACGAGACGAUCACAAAGCGCGUUAUAACGGCUCUGGGCAAGACAUGGCAUCCGGAGCAUUUCCUGUGCCGCCAUUGCGACAAACAGAUCGAGGAUGCCACCUUCAAUAUACAGGACGGUGAGCCCGUUUGCAGCGAUUGCUUUGUCGAACGCUAUACGAGCACCUGUGCCGCCUGCAAGAAGCCCAUUUUGGAGCGCACCAUAUGCGCUAUGGGCGAAAAUUGGCACGAGAGCUGUUUUGUGUGCGAUGGCGCCUGCAAGAAGCCCUUGUCGAAUCGCCCCUUCUAUGAGCGGGACGGCAAGGCCUAUUGCAAGCAGGACUAUGAGGAUAUGUUUGCCGUACGCUGUGCCAAAUGCGAGAAGCCGAUCACAGAUAGCGCCAUUGUUGCCAUGAACGCCAAAUGGCAUCGCGAUUGCUUCCGUUGCAAUCGCUGCGAGAAUCCGAUCACAUCACAGACCUUCACCAUCGAGGGGGACAAGCCUGUUUGUCCCGCCUGCACCUGCUAGAUGGGGAGACAACGAAAA